AUGACUUAUAUGCGAAUUCGGAGUGUUCAUUCAAUAAGACAGCCUAUGCAAAAGCAGAUACAAUGUCCACUUGAGGCAGGGAACCUAGCUCUAUCAAGAAACACGUUAACAGAUAUUGUCAACGCCAUGUCUUCCCGGGGUGAACUACCACUGGAGCUGGCGUUACGUGGACGUAGUGCCUCCAUUGCCACAACGCUGCUACAGCAUUGCGCCGACGCAGAUGCAAGAGGGCCCAGAGGAAGGACUCUGCUGCACAGAGCCGUUGACGCAAGGGACGCGUUUUCAGCCAAAUUUUUGGUAGAGAAUGGUGCCGAUCCAAAUCUAUCGACGAAAGAAGAAGGCGAUACAGUACUGCAUCUUAUAGCUGGUCUAACUGCAAGUUCCUGCGAUCCGGAGACGAUGGAACAAAUGGUGGAGAUCGCUGCUAUCGUUGUUCAGAAAGGCAUAGAUAUAAAUCGGCAAAAUAGAAAAGGAUUUACACCUCUCCAUCAAGCGGUAAUAGCAAGAAGUCAGCAAAUAUUCGACCUCCUUCUAAAACAAUCUAAUCUAGAUACAAACUUAAGAACGAUCUCUGAUGAACACCCACCUCUAUACUAUGCGUUGGUAGACGAUCGGCGUGCGUCUAUAUCUUCUAGUGAAACACUGGUCAUGAACGGCUCAAAUCCUUUCGAUACGCCUGUCACCAACAAAAAUGCGUUUACGGAGGACCCGGUGGAGGGUAAGACUGAUAUUAUUGAGAGAGGUUUUGCUGCGAAGUUGUUAGAGAAAGGGUGUCAGCCGAAUCCUUUGUACUCGAAUACCGGAGAUAGUCUGCUGCAUAUUUUGGCCCAGGGAUGGUUUGAGGAAUCGGCAGUAUUUCUAGCAUCUAACUUAAAUGGUGACCUGAACCAUACAAACGAGGCUGGUCUGACAGCCUUGCAUGCAGCGUGUGCAAAUGGAUUAACUAGAUUAACCGCUACAUUAUUAGAAAAUGGUGCCAGACCCAAUUUACAGACUGCCUAUGGAGAGCACGAGGAUACAGUGUACAGACAGACUCCCUUACAUCUGGCGGUACUUAAUAACCAUGAAGGUUGUGUUCUAGCUAUCAUAGAUCACAAAAAGUCACUAGAUAAGGAAGAUUCCUCAUCAGACCGCUCUAGUGCUAUACCAAAUCUAAAUUUGAAGAAUUCUGAAGGGUACACGCCGAUUAGUCUUGCGCUCACAGAAGGUCACAAACACUUAGUAGGACCGUUGAUAGAAGGCGGCGCGGACCCCAACAUACGAAAUGGAAAAGGAUUCACAUUACUUCACCAAGCUAUUGUUGAAGAGGACUCUAGGACAGCAAUUUACUUACUCGACCACGGUGCUGAUAUGAAUAUGCUAACUGACGCAGGAGAAACCCCACUUCAACUGGCUAUCCACUGUCGCCUAGGCUUAGUGGUAGAAGCAUUAUGCGUACGCGGAGUUGACAUGAGCAAACUCGACGCUAACGGAGUACCUCCUCUUUGGGCCGCACUCGAUUCGGGACAGGAGGAAGUUGCUAGUAUUCUCGUGAGAAACGGCGCAGAUGCCGACUGUUGGGGCCCUGGUCCUGAUGGCUGCAUACAAACAUUAUUGCAUAAGGCCAUAGACGAAAACAAAGAGAAUUUAGCAACUUUCCUCAUCCGUUCCGGAUGUGACGUGGAAUCGCCGCGAAGAGCUGGUCCAUCCGGCGAGGGCUCAGACGUUGCAGCGGACAAACAUACACCUCUUCAUCUAUGUUGUACUUGGGGACUCACUGAUGUCAUACAGACGCUCCUAGAGCAUGGCGCGAACAUUAACUCCAAAGACGCUGAAGGCAAGACCCCACUACACAUUGCUAUUGAGAACCAGCACGCCGGGAUAAUAUCUCUUCUCCUAUCGCAACCUGGAGUAGAUUUAUCAGCGAGGGACAAUCGGGGAGUCACUCCCUUCGCAGCGGCUCUCACUGCGAGGAAUAAUAAGGCGGCUCAAGCCAUUUUGGAGAAAAAUCCCUCAGCGGCCGAACAGGUUGAUAAAAAAGGCCGGAACUUCCUACACGUCGCAAUCCAGAAAUGCGAUAUGGAGAGUUUGAUGUUUUUACUUUCGGUGAAGGUAGAUGUCAAUUCGCGGAUUCAAGAUGCGACACUAGCGCCGCCAUUACAUCUUGCGGCUGCAUCGGGAAAUGAAGCCCUUUUGAGAACUCUACUUUUGGCUGGAGCAAGGCCUAACGAUAGAGAUGCCCAUAAGCGUACGGCAUUGCACGUAGCAGCGGGCACGGGUGGGACCUCCCAAGCGGCGAUAGUAUCCGCUCUGAUAAGCGACGGAGCUGAAGUAGGCGCUGUUGACGCGGCGGGAGAUAACGCAUUGCACGUGUGUGCUCGCGAGGGUCACGCCCCCGUUGCACGAGCUUUACUAGCGGAUAGUGAUAUUGAUGCUGCUGCCACUAACCUUAAAGGUCGCAACCCUCUUCAUGAGCUGUGUUGGUGUAAAAAAGAUAAUGCUGCAACUAUAUGUGAAACAUUCCUAGAGUUUAUGCCGGACUUUCCAAUCAAUAGGACAGACUUACAGGGCAAUACUCCAUUACUAUUGGCGUAUAUGAACGGACAGGCAGCCAUGUGUAGGGUUUUAGUGAAAGCUGGAGCCUGCUUGGCGCACGAAAAUAAAGAGGGCGUCUCUAUAUUUAAUUAUCAGGUAGCGACAAGACAGCUUCUCCACAGAUUGUUGGACGCAUUGCCCGCUGAAGCGCCAUGGGCGGAAAGCGAUCUAUGUCAAGAGUGCGGUACUAAAUUCACGCUGACUAUGAGAAAACAUCAUUGUCGUCACUGCGGCCGAAUGUUGUGUAAUAAAUGUUCCAGUCAAGAUAUUCCCAUAUUAAAGUUCGGAAUGAAUAAACCACAACGGGUUUGCGAAAUAUGUUUUAAUGUCCUACAAGUUGGUGCCAGUUAG